AUGUCGUCUCCGAUUUCUGCCUCAGGCAAACGCAAGCGCAGCGCGUCCCAGACCUUGUCCGUGCAAGUCCCCAAGCCGGAUUUCCUGCAGCCCUCGUCACGCGAUGCCUCCGGUGAAGACGGCGGUGAUGAGUCCACCGGUUCCGCAAUUCCAUCGCCCGGCAGGCAACAGCAACCGAAAACGUCCGCACCUGCCGCGACCGGUGGUGCUGUGCCCGCAGCCAAGCGGGCCCGCACAUCGUCCGUCUCCAAUGGCGCGACUGACGCGAAAUCGAGCCAAGAUCCUGGCGAGCCGUCCGAGACGACGACCCCGAGCAGCGACAUUGAGAAUGAUGAAAGGACACCAGAGUCGAAGAGGGAGGCAUUGAAGCCACCGGAGAAGGCUGGAUUGAUGGAUCCGGUUGGAUAUUCGACAAACCCGCCCCCGGUUGGACGGCCGGUCCGGGUGUAUGCAGACGGUGUUUUUGAUUUGUUUCACAUGGGUCACAUGCGACAACUUGAACAGGCCAAAAAAGCAUUCCCGGACGUUUAUCUCCUCGUCGGGGUUACGGGUGAUAGGGAGACACAUGAUCGGAAGGGGUUGACGGUUUUGAGCGGUGCGGAACGGGCGGAAACCAUUCGUCACUGUAAAUGGGUGGAUGAAGUGGUCCCCAACUGUCCAUGGGUCGUGACCCCGGAAUUCAUCGAUGAACAUCAGAUUGAUUAUGUGGCACAUGACGAUAUUCCGUACGGUGCAGCUGAGGGUGAUGACAUUUAUGCUCCGAUCAAGGCGCAAGGGAAGUUCUUGGUUACUCAGAGGACGGAGGGUGUUAGCACGACAGGCAUUAUUACUAGAAUUGUCCGUGACUACGAUCAGUACAUCUCUCGCCAAUUCAAGCGCGGUGCCUCGAGACAAGAGUUGAACGUGUCGUGGCUCAAGAAGAACGAAUUGGAAGUCAAGCGCCAUGUGUCUGAAAUCCGCGACAACAUCCGAUACAACUGGGCCUCGACAGGUCAGGAACUCAGUCGUGAAUUGCGUCAAUUUUGGCAGAACAGUCGGCCCGGUAGUCCGGCUCCUAGUGCGAGAAACAGCCUCGACCUGGGUUCGCGCGGUGUCACCAGCCCAACGGGAAAUGGCCCUAAGACUCAUCUGUCGCGAGUGGAAUCGAUCAGUCGUCCAGAGAGCCCAAUGGGUAACGGACGUAACGAAGAUUUCGCAACGGGCUAUAGUCUGGGAUUGGUAGGGGGUGUUAGAGCGUGGAUGAUGCGCACUCGUCGCUCGCUGAUGGAACAGCCUAGUCGACCUCAGUCACCAACGAGCGAGGAAGAGCACGAGUCUGAUCAUGAUGCUCGCCGCCGACAAUCAGAAACUCAUGCAAACACGCAUGCCAACACAACGCAAGUCAGCUCAUAA